AUGGCUACCAAGCAAAGACUUCUCCGCAUCACCCUCAUGCAGCACAAGAAUCCCCUCCUCACCGACGCCCAAUUCCAAAAACACUGGACUGAGCAUCACGCACCGCUCGCAUCAGGCUGGCUCGCCCGCAACGGCAUCAUCGGCUACACGCAGUAUCACACGCCCCCCUCAACCCGCAACCUCGCCGCCCCCCUCGCCUCAACAGUCGGCGCCGUCGUCGCCCCCUUUGACGCCUACAUCGAGUUCAUGGUGUGCAGCGUCGAGGAUCUGUGGAAGGCCACCGCGGACCCGGAGUAUCCCGUCAAGAUGCAGCCGGACGAGGCGUACAUGUUUGCAGAGGGCAAGAUGCAGGUUACGGUCGGCUGGGUGGAGGUCUAUGUGCGGGAUGGCGACGUUGUGAAUAUCGUGAAUGGAAAGUCUGCUUUUGCGCAGGAUGGGGAGGACGGUGACGGUGGUGAAAAGGGGGGGGGAGUUCCGUUGAGCUGA